AUGGCAGAGGUAGCCCCAGCCGCCGCCCGGGCUAAGGCAGCUAAACGCAGGGCCCCCAGACCUAAGAAGGACGGCCCCACCCUCGGUGAGCUCGUCGUGAAAGCCGUGGCCGCAUCCAGGGAGCGGAGCGGCGUGUCAUCAGCCGCCCUCAAGAAGUCUCUGACCGCCAUAGGUUAUGAUGUGGAUAAGAACAAAGCCCGCGUCAGGACUGUCAUCAGGGGCCUGGUAGCUAAGGGGACUCUGGUCCAGAUCAGGGGCACCGGAGCGUGCGGCUCCUACAAGAUAAACAAGAACGCUGAAACCAAUGCCAAGAUACCUGCUAAGAUGGCCGCUCCUGUAGCAGCCAAGAAGCUAGCAGCUAAAACGUCCCCCAAGAAGGUCAACAAACCUGAAGCUGCCAAGAAAGCAGCCAAGAGCCCCAAGAAGGUAGCAGCCAAGAAGUGA